AUGGCGCAGCCCGCCUCGCCGCCCAGGCCAGCCGCCGACCUCAUCCACCAGCUCGAGCUCCAGGUCCUGCAAGAGUACUCGGCCACGGCCCGCAACCUCGACGACAUCGCGACCGUCGUCCAGCGCCUAUCUGCAGCACAGCCGCAGAUCCUCAGCGAGCUGCGGCCCCUCGAGCGCAAGCUGGGCCUCAUCCUCACCCUCUUCAAAGCCUCGGUCUGGUCCGUCUUGCGGCAGCGCGAGGACGCGGCCAUGUACGAGGAAGAGCAGCAGCAGUGA